CAAUGAGAACGCUCCGUCGCUCAGCCUGGAAGCCUGGACCCGCCGGUCCCCCUUCUCCUCCUCCAGACCAGGACCAGAGUCCAGGACGGCACAGAGCGGGACCUUUACUGCUCCGGGACUCCAGGACUCAUGCAGCUGCUCCGGGACCGGGUCUGGGUCUGAGCGCGGCCCGGAGGCGGUGAUGGAGGUCCGGAGCUGCGGAGUCCGACACAUGUGCACCGUGACCCUGCUGCUGGUCUCCGUGUGCCCGCUGUGCUGCAGAGGGAGCUGGAUGUGGCUGGGCGUGGCCUCGGCGCUCCCGGAGAAGGCGUCCUGCUCUGACCUUCCUCUCAGCCGGCGGCAGCAGUCUCUCUGCAGCAGGAAGCCUCAGCUGUUGCUCAGCGUUCAGGCCGGAGCUCGGCUGGCGGUGGACGAGUGUCAGAGCCAGUUCAGACACGAGCGGUGGAACUGUUCGACUAUAGACCGGCCCGACGUCUUCGGAUACGAGCUCACCAGCGGAACCAAAGAAACGGCGUUCAUCUACGCGGUGAUGGCGGCGGGGCUGGUCCACGCCGUCACGCGCUCCUGUAGUCAUGGCAACAUGACGGUGUGCGGCUGCGACACGCGGCUGCAGGGCGGCGGCGCGGCGGCGGCGGCGGCCGAGGGGGCGUGGCACUGGGGCGGCUGCUCCGACCACGUCCACUACGGGAUCUGGUUCAGCCGCAAGUUCAUCGACAACAAAAACACGUCGAGCACCAGCGGAGGAUUCACGCUGACCACCACCAACGAGCACAACAGCGAGGUCGGACGCCAGGCGGUUGUCAGGACGAUGUCCACACACUGUCGCUGCCACGGUGUCUCCGGCUCCUGUGCGGUGAAGACGUGUUGGAAGACGGUGGCGCCGUUCGAGCGCGUGGGCGUGUACCUGAAGGAGCGCUACGAGCGCAGUCUUCAGGUGUCGGACCGGUCCAGGAGGAAGACCAGGAGGAAGGAGCAGCGCCGCCUCCCCGUGGACACGAACCAGCUCGUCUUCCUCAACAAGUCUCCGAACUACUGCCUGGAGGACAAGCGGCGGGGCAUCGCCGGGACCCGAGGGCGCCGCUGCAACCGCACGUCCAGCGGCGCCGACAGCUGCGUCCUGCUGUGCUGCGGCCGCGGCUACAACACGCACCUGGUCAGGCUCGUCCAGCGCUGCGAGUGCAAGUUCGUCUGGUGCUGCUACGUCCGCUGCAGGCGCUGCGAGAGCAUGAACGACAUGCACACCUGUAAAUAG